AUGUCGUCGGCCUCGCCUUCAAAGGAGCCGGAGGUAGACCCCGAGGUGCAAUCGGGUGACGACCAGGAGCCUAUGGACAAAGACCAGCAAGACCACGCGCAUGGACAGGGCGAGUUCGAGGUGAAGGAGCAAGAUCGGUGGCUUCCGAUUGCAAAUGUGGCGCGUAUCAUGAAGCUUGCCCUGCCCGAGAAUGCAAAGAUCGCAAAAGAGGCGAAGGAAUGUAUGCAAGAGUGUGUGAGCGAAUUUAUCUCAUUCAUCACAAGCGAAGCAUCGGAGAAAUGCCAGCAGGAGAAGCGCAAGACUGUCAACGGUGAAGACAUUUUGUUUGCCAUGACAUCGCUUGGUUUCGAAAACUAUGCUGAAGCCCUCAAGAUCUACCUCUCCAAGUACCGUGAGACCCAGUCCGCUCGCGGCGAGACCCAAGCUCGACCCCCGAGCAGCGGCUACGGUGGCCCCGUUGCAGGCGCCGCUGGCCAAGCUCGCCCAGCCGGUUUCCCCGAGACGGCAGAGGGUGCCAACAGCAUCUUGAACCCGAGUAUGGACCCGUCGCAGCAAGACGCCGCAGCAUACGGGUACCCGCCCAUGAACUUGCUGGCGAUCGCCUCCCACCGUAAGGGUUUUGACGAGUCGCCGCGUUACAUAAUUCUUCUCCGCAUCCACGUGAGGCCCACCGGCACCGGACCCGAGCCCGCAGCCCUCGACUUCCCGAACUUUUUCGCUUUCUCGUCGCAAUGCUACCCUCGGCAAUCGCUUGUGCUGCAGGAUGCCUUGAGGAAUGAUGUCGAUGGUUCUUCGCCAGCCAUGUCCUCCACCAACGAUAACGCCUCUUCGCCGCUCCCGGCCGACGGAGUGAGCAAGCGCAAGCAAGGUUCUGCCGCCUGUGUCCACUGCCACCGGCGCAAGGUCCGCUGCGAUGCCCGCGUCGUCGGACUCCCCUGUACCAAUUGUCGCUCUUCGGGAAAGACCGAUUGUCGCAUUCACGAGAAGAAGAAGCGUCUAGCAGUGCGGUCAAUUCUUGACCCCGUCCCUAUCCGAUCUCGACCUAUCCAGGCCUCUGAGCAAGCUGCCAACCCCGCCACAGCACCGGGAACAGUACCUCCAAGCUUCCCUACGGCAUUUCCUGGUAGAAAUUCCUCGACGCCUCUUACCGGUGGCCCCACACAACAUGGAUUUCUCUCGAAUGUUCAGCCAGAGACCUUCUCACGCCAAGGCCCGGAUCUCUCGCAUGCACAUGAGGCGCAUACGGAAAUGGAACAGCACCUUGUCAAAUUGAUCGACGAGGAAGACUCCGGUAGAAGGGAAAUUCAGCGUGGCGUGCGCGCGUUUUACGUGGGCCAUGAACAUUCCAACAUGUCAUUCUUAAUCCGCCAACAGCGAGACCAGGACGACGAUGUCUAUCAUUUUGCCAGCAAUGAGAUACCACGACGACAAAUGAAGACUGGCCACGACCAGCUAUUAAUGGAUGCAUUAACACUCCCCGAGCCGGCUCUAGCGGACGAGUUGGUGCAAGCAUACUUCAACUAUGUCAAUCCGGGAUACCCAAUUGUCGACGAGGAUUUAUUCAUGACACAGUAUCGAAAUCGUGAUCCGGCAGACCCUCCCCCAAUUCUGCUACUUCAGGCGAUCCUGCUAGUUGGUGCGCACGUCAGUCGUGCCAAGGCGGAACGGGAUGCACUGAAAGAGAUCUUCUUCCGACGAACCAAGUAUCUCUUCGAUAAUCGCAUUGAGCGUAAUCGAGAUAUUCUCGUUCAGGUGGCAUUGCUUUUGACUUGGCACUCAGAUAGUGCCGACGAUGAUGUUGCUGCGGACGCCCACUUCUGGGUCGGUGUGGCGGCGCGCAUUGCCACCGGUCUGGGAAUGCAUCGGAAUCCUGUUUCCAGUCGAUUUGUGACUCGGGAUAGGAGGAUGUGGAGACGAGUUUGGUACAUUAUGGUCCAGUUUGAUGUGAUGGUCUCUCUUUCUUAUGGCCGUCCGCAAGCAAUCAAUUUGGAUGAUUCAGACGUGGCUCCAUUAACACCGGCUGAUUUUGAGAACUGUGGCCCACAUGUACAAACCGAGUUUGUCAUUCAUUUCACAGAACUUUGUACAAUGAUUUCGUAUCUCAUCAGAGAUCGAUUUGGUCUUCGAGCCUCGGAUGAACGAAGGAAGGCUGUUCUCCAAGAAGCCGACGAGUCGCUGGCCAACUGGUCCUUGAAGUUGCCCGAUAACCUGCGUCUUCGAGCGUCAGACAUGGACCCCUGGUCCGCUAUGCUUCAUCUGACCUACAACAACUUCCUUAUUCUAUUGCAUCGACCCCAUCCCCGAGCCUCAGCAUAUUCAGACGACUAUGGACCUCACGAUGCCGAGAUUUGCAGUGCUGCAGCUGGUGUGAUUGCAUCUAUCUUCGAGGAGCUCCGACUUAAUGACCGCCUGAAAUUCCUCUGGUACACGGGCGUGCAUACCCUCUUCACCGCCAUGAUCCAAGUACGGGUCGAACUCCGAUUUUCCAACCCCGUUCUUGCGAUUAACGCCCUGCGCCGCUUCGACUCGGCUUCAUACUCCUUGCGAGAGCUGGCGCAAUACUGGGUCCACGCAGGUACAAUUCUCCGCCUCUUUGAAGACUCCAAGCGUCUCCAAGACGACCUGCGCCUUGCAACUGGCGAUCACCGGCCGAAGCCAGCUUUCAAUGGCGCCCAGCCCAUCAAUAAGAUGCCUGUCACUACCCCUGAAGCUGCAGCUGCAGCUAUGGCUGCACAAACACCACAGCCACUAUCGUUUGGUGUUCCCACCCCGGAGUCCACCACCAUGCAGCAGGCUACAAUAUCCCCACAAGCGCAGUCCACCCCGCAAUUCGACAAUUGGAUCACUGCACCUCUCCGACUCAAUGUGGGUCCUCUGGAAACCAACGAUCCUUAUUCGGGCACUGCCAUGCAAGUGGACCACAUGGAGCAGAGCCGCGACUAUCCCGAUUGGAGGCAACUUUUCUCCUUUGCGGACGCGGAUCUUCCAGUCUCUAUGCCGAUGGAAGGUCUUAUGGAGCUCGAAAACGAAUGGCGCCAGAUCUAUUGGCAGGAUACCCCAAUGGCAGAUCUCAUGCAAGAUGGCGGCUGGAUCCCAGGCUAG